CAAUAUGGCCGAGACAGACGCAAAUCGUCUUUACUCACCGGGCUUAAACGGUCGAGAAAAUACCAAUAAGUACGGGACGCCUACACGGAUUCUUCCAUACGUAUCUACAAACAAAAGUUUGUAGUCGUCGGUAAGAUGAGGCCACCGUCGGAACGUCGAAGUUUGUCCCGUCGCGGCCUCCGUAUGUGUUUCGUGGUUUCCUGUUGUUGUGCGUUGGACCAACCAAGAUGGCGGAGCAGCUGGACCGAGUGAGAAUCUCCGCCGCCGAACUUCGAGUCCAAAGCGCCGCGGCGUCCAAUUCGACACUUGACCAAGAGGACUGCCACGGGCCCAAGAAGCACUGGCGCCGUCCCGACUUGCAGCGCUACCGGCGAGGGCCCGGACAGGGACGACAGCGCCGCGACAGCGAGGAGCCCGAAAGCGGUCCCAAACCGAAGAACGGCAAAAAGAACCUCCUCGUCCGCGCCGACGACGAGGCGGGAGGCGGCGACAAUAAUGUUCCCGACGUCAACAGCGAGGCCGCUCGGGAAAAUGACGUGCCCCAAAACCACCAAGAAAGUCAGGAUCCCGCCGGAGCCGUCAAGCCAAAGAAAACCCGCAAGCCCGACCGGGAAUUUUACCAGCCCGGAAUCCGCCGGAACGCACAGGGAAAAGACUGCGGCGGGGCGCGAGAGCAGGAUAAGCCCCCCUCGGGGAAUCGCGACCGUGAAGCCGAGCGGCGCGCCGAAGAAAGAGAGGCAAAGGAGAACGCAGAAGACGGAAAAUGCACUCAAGAAAAUACGAAUUUCAAGGAGACAAACAGGAAAAAAGGACGGCAGGCUGCGGAAGAAGUCACGGUGGAGAAACUUGCGGGCAAAGUGGAAAAACUCAGCGUCAAGGCAGAAGCGUCUCGCGAAGGCGCCGAGGACGCAGCCGGCCGGAGAGGCAAAACGACAGACAAGGAAAAGAAGCCAGAAAAGGGAAACCGCCGAAGAAGAGGCGGCGAGAAGGAGAAGAGCCAAGAUGUCGUCGCGGGGCCGAGCGAGCGGGAAAAAGAGAGACGGGACGCCGACGAGGCCCACAAAUCAGGAGAGACGCAUCCAAACGUGGGAAGGGGGAGCCGAAGGAGAAGCGCCGAUAUCAACUACAAAAAGCGCAGCGGGGAAGACGCUCCCACGCGGAGGAACGCGCAGCGCGAGGGCCAGCGUAGCGAGCGCCGCAAAUCGGACGGCGCCGCGCCCGCCUCCAAGCGCUAUUCCAAAUCGGACAUCCGACGCCCGCGCCGGCGCACGUACAGCAGCAGCUCGGCCGGCAGCGUCGCCGGCGACGGCCGCCCGCAGAGAGGAGGGCGCAGAUCGCACCUCCGCGGCCGCGACGCCGACGGGGAGUCCUCGGCCGACUCCGCCGAAGGAAGCGAGACGAGCGACGCGGCGGACGACGGGCGGACGCGCGGGACGGACGGCGCGUGCGAGGAGCGGCACGCCUGCCGAGGGCGAGGGAUCGGCGGGGUCUCCUCGCAGAAGAAACGGGACGUCUCCGGGGAUCGCCACAAACACGGGCCGGCUCCUCGCGGCCGCGGCGGAGGUAUCCUGGUGCUGCCGUCCCGCAGCGACAUCUCCGACCCGGCCGAAGCGGGCCAGCGGAUGCUUUUCGGCGGGCUUCGAGGAGGAGCCGCCUCGCGGGUCCGAGGAGGCCGCGGCGGAGGCGCGAGGCGCCUGUGGGACCCCAACAAUCCCGAGCAGAAACCGGCGCCGUCCCCCGGCGGCCGGCGCUCCCUCCCGCGGGCCGUCUACCCGCAGACGGGAUACGGUCAGCUGCACUUCCUGGACACGGACGACGAAGCGGCGGGGAGUCCUCCGGUGUCGCAGCGGCGGGCGGCCGCCUCGGCCCGCUACAAGUUCCAGAAGUCGGACGACCCCUACUGCUGCGCCGCGCCCGUCGGCCAGCGCCACGCCUUCCCCUUCGCGCCGCCCUACCAGGCGGCCGACGGCGCGUACCCGACGGCUCAGCUGUACAGAGGUUACCCCCGGGCGGGCGGCGCGCUGACGGCGGAGGAGGCGGAGCAGCAGGCCAGAGGCGAGCUGGGCCGCGUGCUCAGGGGGGCGGACUCCCAGGAAGUUCAGCUCGGCAACCUGCUGUCCCGAGACGGACUCGGCGCCGACGGGCUGGAGCGCAUGGCCCGGCUCAGGGCGGAGCUGCUGGGCGUGUACGAGCGCGUGGUUCUGAGCGACAUCGAGCUGGCCGACUCCCACGCCGUGGACCAGGCGCUGUGGAAGAACGUCUUCUACCAGGUCAUCGAGCGCUUCCGCCAGCUGCUCAAGGACCCCGCCGCCGACGACGACACGCCGCGCAUCCGCAACGUGCUGCUCACGCUGCUCGACGAGGGAGCGCAGUUCUUUGACACGCUGCUCCACAAGAUGCAGACGGUCUACCAGUUCAAACUGGACGACUACAUGGACGGCAUGGCCAUCAGGGCGCGGCCGCUGCGCAAAACGGUGAAGUACGCUCUGAUCAGCGCUCAGCGCUGUAUGAUCUGUCAAGGAGACAUCGCUCGCUACCGCCAACAAGCUAGCGACUCGGCCAACUACGGAAAAGCUCGCAGCUGGUACCUGAAAGCCCAGCAGAUCGCCCCCAAAAAUGGCCGCCCGUACAACCAGCUGGCCUUGCUGGCGGUCUACACCAAGCGCAAGCUGGACGCCGUGUAUUACUACAUGCGCAGCCUGGCGGCGUCCAACCCCAUCCUGACGGCCAAGGAGAGCCUCACCAGCCUGUUCGAGGAGGCCAAGUGCAAAACGGAGCAGUUGGAGCGUCGCAGGAGGCAGGACGAGCGGGACGGCGGCUCGGGGGGCCCCGCCGUCAGAGGGCGCGCCGCACCCGAGGACGGGGCGCGCUCCGAAGUCUGGCUGCGCCCCGGCGGACGCGUGGGCGCCAAGGCCGCGUCCGCGCGAGGGGCCGCCGGCGAGUCCGCCGGGGACUGUGAACUGGACGCAGAGCUCGGCGGUCUCAGCGCUAGUGACCUCAACAAGAGAUUCAUCCUGAGCUUUCUGCACGCGCACGGGAAGCUCUUCACCAAAGUGGGGAUGGAGUCGUUCCCCAGGGUGGCCCGGCGGGUUCUGCAGGAGUUCGGUGCGCUGCUCCGGCACGGCCCGUCGCUCCUGGGCGGCACGCACCUGCUGCAGAUCGUCACCAUCAACAUGUUCGCCGUACACAACGCCCUCACUCGAGGCGGAGGUGAAGAAGGAGGAGGAGGAGGAGAGUCUCGCUCGAUGCUGCAGGAGCAGAGCACGGCGCUGGGCCUCGCCGUGUUUGCGCUGAUGGUGCAACGCUGCACGCAGAUCCUCACCGACACCCCCGCAGCCUCUGCGUCCGCGUCGGCCGCAGAGCAGGAGGACAAAGACGGCGAGCCGGAGGCUCUGCUGAGGGUCUCCGAUUUCCCGGCGGACCUGCGGGAACUCCUGCCCGCCGUCAAGGUUUGGUCCGACUGGAUGCUGGGCCACCCGGACCGGUGGAACCCGCCGCCCUGCCGCAUCGACGUCGGCCCGGACGUGUGGCGGUGCCUGGCCCGCCUCUGCAACGUGCUGGCGCGCGUGGACCACGGCGAGGUGCCGCUCUACAAGGUGGACACGGACGAGGCGGAGGGCGACGAGGAGCUGACCGUGCUGCAGCUGAAGGAGGACAGGCUGCUCGCCGGCUUCGUUCCCCUGCUGGCCGCGCCGCAGGAGCCCUGCUACGUCGACCGCCACACCGACACGGCCAUAGCCGCCGAUUGCAAACGGGUGACGGUGCUCAAGUACUUCCUGGAGGCGCUGUGCGGGCAGGAAGAACCUCUGCUGGCCUUCAAGGGCGGCAAAUACGUCUCCGUGGCCCCGCCGCCUCCCUCCGCCGCCUCCACGGACGGCAAGACCGGGCAGGACUCGCUGUCCGACAAAGAGGCCGACGACGUCAUCGUGGAGUCCUCGAUGUCCGCGUCGGAAGGCGAGGAAGACGACGACGGAGAGGAGGAGGCGGAGGGAGACGGCGAGAGCGACAUCCGACAGCUGAAGGCGCGGCGGCACGCCCUCGCCAACAAGCUGGCGCAGCAGCAGAAGCGCCGCGACAAAAUACAAGCGGUGCUGCAGACGAGCGGGCGGCUGCAGCUGGAGGUCCGGCCUCUCUUCCUGGUGCCCGACACCAACGGCUUCAUCGACCACCUGGUGGCGCUCAAGAAGCUCCUCCAUUGUGGAAGCUACAUCGUGGUGGUGCCCCUCAUCGUGAUUACGGAGCUGGACGGCCUGGCGAAGGGCCAGGACGCUUCGGGGGGAGGAGGAGGAGCAAGAGGAGGAGGACACGUCGCGGCGGCGGCGGCGCACGCCCGAGGCGUGCAGGAGAAGGCCCGCCAGGCCGUGCUGUUCCUGGAGCAGGCCUUCGAGGCGCGGGAGCCGCGACUGCGGGCGCUCACCAGCAGGGGGAGCCAGCUGGAGUCCAUCGCCUUCCGUAGCGAAGACACCUCGGGACAGCAGGGCAACAACGAUGACGUCAUCCUGUCCUGCUGCCUCCACUACUGCCAGGACAAGGCCAAGGACUUCAUGCCCCAUCAGAGAAACGGGACGGUGCGUCUUCACCGCGAGGUGGUCCUUCUCACGGACGACCGCAACCUGCGCGUCAAAGCGUUGACACGCAACGUGCCCGUCCGGGACAUCCCCGCCUUCCUCAACUGGGCCAAAGUGGGCUGAACGCGCUACGGGACCGCCGACGCCUCCAGCUGCCCGAGGCCCGCUUGACACGGGAUUGUCCCCUGCCCCUCCUCAUCCUCCUCUUCCUCGGGAUGACGCGCGCGUGCGAGCGAGGCGGUAAGUGCGGCCAUUUGACGCGGAACGGCGUGCUCCCUGUCGCCACAACGGAGAAACUCUGGCGCGCGGCGCCGAGGCGGCGCUGCGCUCCGUUCCGUGCAGGUGUUUCCUGCUUCGAUGGAAGUUCUCACUUGACUUUGAAGCGCUUGAAAGAGAAAGUUUGUUUCUUCGUGAGAAAUCAAAUCAGCAGCAGUUUGGCAAAUGUUGUGCUUUGCGUGCGUUUGUGUCGGAUUGAAGCUCCAUUCCGCUGCUAGUUAGCUCAAAGUGAAAAUUUCAAAGAAUAUCCUCGCAACUUUUGAAAAGACUUUUUUCCUUCAUCGUGACUUUGCAUUUUCAUGUGUGACGCUUUUUUAUGGCAAAAAUGUGGCAUUUGUUGCCAGAGCUUUCCAAGGACAAAGCGCAUGUUUGUGUUUGUAAUUUGCGUCUUCAUCUUGUGUUCCGGCCGGAGUGUGUCUUUUCUUUGUUUGACUCCAGUUUUUUUUUUUUUUUCCACUGGUGUUGCGGCGCGGCUGUUUUGUAUUUUAGCGGCCGGGCAACCUGAUGAAACAUUUCGCCUGAUCUGUCAUUAAAGUGUUUAUGAUGA